CCCCACCCCAGUCCCCUCCCUACUGCCAUCUCAAUGAGUGGACAUGAAUCGGCGCCCCGCAGUCCGGCCGCCGUCUCCCCGCCGCACAUGUUUGGCAUCUUAGAUCGCUCUCCAUCGCCCCGAGCGCGUGUCUCGACGCCAAGUCGCCUGCCAAGCAUCACACACCACCAGCCGCUCGAGUUUGACGACAUGGGCGGCCCAAGUCGUGUUACGCCAAAGGCAGCAGUGUUCGGCUUCUCACCCCCAAAGGUCGGAGGUACGCUACCUCCACCUGGCUUGGGAACAUCGCCCGUCGCCGCGUCGAUCCUCUUGACAAAGGCGGGGGCAGCACGGCCAAUCCUCAGCCCCCAGCUCGUCUCGUCGCCCACCGCAGACAGCCACUUUCCCUUCUUCCCAGAUCCUUCAGCUGGAAGCCCAAGACCCACGGCGGUCUUACCUUCCUCGCCCCGCGGCCCAGCAGGCGAGUUUCCCCCACGCUCGCGCCGCAACUCGGCGGCUAUCGUCAGCAUCUCCCUGUCGUCGCGCAGCCGCUCAAGAACGCCGCGUGGAAGCGCGUCAGUCCUCCCUGCACGGUCUGGAUCGGGCACGCCAAGUAAAGCCCCAACACCAAGGGCCGAAGUCCCACCAUCACUCCUCACAACCGGCAGCGGCGGAGCAGAAGCGUGGGCACCUGGCGUGGAAGACAUGGACGAAUGGAACCUCGCCGGCGGUGUGCUCCUCGACAACGAUGACGCCGACGAACGGGCAGAAUCCAUGUCAUUUGACGACGAAGAGUACCCGAACGGCCGCAGCUGGACCCAGGAGUCGGAGGCGUCUCAUGCAGCCGACGUCCUCACGCCGGGCAUGAUUUUCGGCGAGGGCCUGCAAUUCGAGGGCGACGUGAUUGAAGCCGCAGUCGGGCGCGUGCAAGUUGGCGAGUCGACUAUUGAACACGGCCUUCCUCUGCGUCGCGACGGCAGUUCGAUGGGCGCACCCCGCGCCGCAGGAGGCACCACCCCGCGCGUCAAGAAGACUUAUGAGGUUAUCAGGCAGCUCGGAUCGGGCUCGUACGCCGUCGUGUACCUCGUGCGGGAACGUGGAGGCCGCAAGCGCGAGUACGCCCUCAAGUGCUUGAGUAAACACGACCUGGAAGAGGAGCAGUUGGAAACCCAGCUCUUUGAAGCCACCAUCCACCUCUCGCUCCCCAUCCACAAGAACCUUGUGACCCUUCACGACACGCUCCAGACGCGCAACUGGCUCUUCCUCCUCCUCGAGCUGUGCCCGGGUGAAGACUUGUUCUACUGGCUGGAGCGCUCGCGUGACGCCUCGCCUCCGACUACUACGACCAAGCUGCCCAACAACAUUCGCGGGGCCAUGGACAUCACGUCGUCGUCGCUGCUGUCCUCGUCGUCGAUCCCGUUCUCAUCUUCCCAGCUCUUCUCAAACUUCCCGUCGUCAUUUACAAACUCGCCGAGCACGUUCUCUGGCAACGGGUUUGGCUCGGGAAGCUUCAACGCUUCUCCUGCUUCUCUCCUGUUUGCACACCACAAUGGAUCGUCGCAUCUGCAAUCCUCUGUCAAUUCACACGCCGCAACGCCCCCAACUCCUUCACUCCUUUCGGCGUUCUCUGCCAACACUCUCCUUACCCAGCGCCGUCUGCGCCUCAUCGCGUCCAUGUUCUCGCAAAUGUGCGACGCCGUUGCAGUAUGCCACGACGCAGGCGUGUCACACCGCGACAUCAAGCCCGAGAACUUUAUCUGCUGUGACUCUGUCGAGCUCGAGGCCGAAGUGGACAACCGCAUGCUCAGCGCCGACGGCGGCCCAUCACCAGAUUUCGGCCCGCAGGCGAAGCGCAAGGUUGUCGUCAAGCUCACCGACUUUGGCCUCGCCACGACCGAAGAGGAGUCGGGCGACGUCGAGUGCGGCUCCAAGCCCUACAUGUCUUACGAGUGCAGGAACAACCUUGGCCCGACAUAUCGCCCUGCUCCUGCCGACGUUUGGUCGCUCGGCAUCGUCCUCAUCAACAUGCUCUUCCACCGCAACCCAUGGAAGGACCCCACCGAAGGCGACCCAAACUUUGACACCUUCCUCGUCAACCCCACGCAGUUCUUCACCACCAAGUUCACUGGCAUCGGCAAGGAAGUUGCCACUUAUAUCGCCGAGCACGUUCUUUGUGUCGAGGUCGAGGACCGUGUUAGUGCUCGCGAGCUCGGCCAGUGGAUCAAGUCGCUGCCUGAGAUGAUUGCAGGCAGGCGCGCUCUCCAUGCCCUCAAGAUGGCCCGCCUCGACACACGCGCCAAGCAGACUGCCGCCGACAAGGGCCUGUUUGUCAAGUCGCCUGUUGCCCAGGCCAACAGCAACCUUGUCCCGAAGAGCGCUUUGGCAUCUGCCCUCUCGUCCGCCGCUCCAGUGCCAAUCCCGAACGCAGAGACUCCGAGAAUGCCCGCGAGCGAGCAAGUCCCGUCAUUGUCAUCACUUCCUCCCCCCUCGGAACUUGCGCAUGCUAUCGGUGGACUCUCGCAGCCAGCUCCUACGCCAGAUCUGGACCGCGACGAGAUCCGCUCGGCCACUACCAUUGACGACCACCCAACGCCGACGGAUAUGAGCACGCUCGUGUCUCCCGAGCCGACUGAGAGCGGCGAGAAUGACGACAGCGAACACAGAGGCGAUAGCGACGAGCGUGAAGCGGACGCAGACAAGAGGCACGAGGGCGACGAGCGCUCCCUCUCGACUCACAAGCGCCGCAAGCGUGGUGUUCGAAAGGGCAAGGCUGCGCAGGCCGCGCUCGCAGCCCAAGCCAGUGGCCAGUCACAGGAUGAGCGCGACGCCUUCCUCUCGGAACUCGUCGCUGCGUCCGAGGAGCUGGCUCGCGACUUGUCCAAGAAGACGUCCGGUUCAUUCAUGCAGGAGGAGUUCCCUCCGCUUGGUACCUCGCCUGCCCAGGCAGCGGCGGCGCGCAAGUCCAAGUGGAAGGACUUCUUAGCCAUGUCCAAGGGCAACCCCCAACUCGAGGCUCUCGCCCGUCGUGUCGCCGAGCGCGACGUUGGAGGGUGGUCCGCCCCCGCAAAGCUCCAGCAGGGUGUCAACCCCCAGCUCUCGCGCGUCGUCUACAACAAGCAGACUGCAACCUCGUCUGGAUUCUCAAGCCAGCUGUCUUCUGUUGCGACGGCCUCGUCCAGCCAGACGAGCUCGUCCAACGGCGGACCCGAGGACGACGACUGGCGCCGCCGCCCCGCCCGUAUCAACGAGGACCCCGAGCGAGAGGCCAGGGCCGAGAAGGCGGCUCAUUCUCGCCCCACGGGCUCGCGCCGUGCCACCGAAGACUCGUCAUCGCGCUCGCGCCAGGCAGCGCUUGCUGCUGCCGCCAUUGCUGGCGGUAUGGAGGGCCCCAUGGGCUCGUUUGGCAAGCCCUCUCAACUUGGUGGCCGCCCCGCCGGCGUCCCGGCUCAGCUCGGUGCCCGGCCUGCCAACAUUCCUGCACGCCCCGGUCGCUCAUCCCACGCCCACGGCAAGCUCAGCUCGCACCGAGACCUUUCGGAUGAGCGCUGGACUCCGCCAACGUCGUCGGUGCCGGUCUCGAUCGGCGUCACCGUCACCAAGGACGCCGCCAAGCCCAUUCUUCGCGAAGUGCCGAGCCACAACACGUCCAAGCUCAACUCGCCUGCGUCCAAGACCCUGACCAUGUCGAACCCCGUCCCAAUUCCAUCCCCAACCUCGCCAAUCGACCAUCCGUCGCCGAACGGCCUCGGGAAGAGCACGCUCCCGCAGGCGUCGUCCGUUGCGAGCCUCGACACCAUCACGGCCUCGAGUCCCAUCACUGCCCACCACCCGAAUGAGUCGCCCAACAAGCCCAAGCUCAAGGGCCAAAUUCAGAGUCUGGCCAAGAUGCUGGGCGGCCUCAAGACCGGCAAGGGCAAGGACUAA